UCUCAAACUAACACACAGCUGCCUGACCAGCGCAACGGUAAGUCGUCUUUUCUCAUUUCACUGUUGUUUGUCACGUCGACGGUACAAAGAAAGACUCUCUCAUGCAUUUAUAUAGGUUUCUGUUUAAGGAAGAACUCCGUUGAACAGGAGCAUGUUAAUGCCUUUUUUGUACGUGGAUGUGUGUGUGUGUGUGUGUGUGUGUGUGUGUGUGUGUGUGUGUGUGUGUGUGUGUGUGUGUGUGUGUGUGUGUCUAUGUGUGUAUUUUGCGUGCAGUCAUAAACGCUUCCCAUGAGGGUUUCAGGUGCUAGAUCGUAGUAAACAAAAAUAUAGUAUAAACAACAACAUCAUAAUAAUACAUCUAAUUUGUAAUGCACUUCAUAUUUAAGCAAAUCCCAAAGUGCUACAUGAUAAAACAGGUAAGUGCUAACAAUAAAAACACAUGGCGAGUUUGAAAAAGAAAAAGAAAAAGGGGACGAGUUCACUCAAAAGCUCUCCUAAAAAGGUGGGUUUUUCGGCCACGUUUAAAAGCAUCCACAGUCUGUGGUGUCCUUAGGUGGUCAGGGAGAGCAUUCCACAGACUGGGAGCAGCUGAGCAGAAAGCCCGAUCUCCCAUUGCACGGAGCUUUGUCCUCUCACAGAAGAUCUCACUGGCCUCUGCAAGACUAACUACUUACAGAGGGAAUAAUCAUAGCUGGGAUAUCAAUUUUGAAAUAUUUUGACGCAUCUCUGUGUGUAUGAGUGACUAACAGAUACCUGUGAAUACUCCUAUGUGCUGAUCAAAUGAUUAGUGUUGAAGAAUACGUGAAUUCGAGAAACAUAUAUUCAUUCGCUAACAGUUAUCUAGAUGACUUUGCCGACACUGUGUAUCAAUACCAGCUGAAACAAAUAAACUUCUCCUACCUCAAGGAUUACAUGUUAGCUGUGUCAAACAGGUAUGUGGUUUCGGGCAUUUAAUCUGCCAACUCUCGGGCAUUCCUCAAGACAAUGCAGCAGGGUGUGGUGUGGGAAUCCCCGACUGUGUAAACACGAUUUUACUACUGUAACUGUUGGUGUAAUCAAAGUAGAUGGAAAUGAUUAAUGAGAAACAGAAGUCAAUCACAAUGCUCAUUAAAUCCGCUCUGCUUUGCCACAUGUUUGGUUGAUUUACUUGUUUACACAGUAUAGUACAAUACAUUGAACUAUACACCGAAUCCUAAAAAACAAUGACAUAGCUAUUACUUGGCAUGAAGUUAUUAUAUUGUAUCAUAUGAUUAUUUUAUUUUAGGUGCUGCUGUAACAAACGUGUGUGCUAAUGAGUCAACAAUGGCAUAUUUAUUAAUGUAACGUUCAUUAUUUAUCCGGUAUGACUUUACAGUACUUUUGCUAUCGCCCGUCACUUGGGAAUUCCCUCAGAUGUGGUUUUCGUGGUGCAAAGACACCCUAAGAAAUGCAGAGUGCAAAGCACAUGAUACUCGAAUUUGGGAAGUUUCAAUACACAAGACUUUUCUCAAAAGAGCAAAAAUAGCCUGUUUAUUUCUGGACCGUGUAUGUAUGUAGUCUGUAUGAAUAGAGCGAGCACGAGAAGACGCGCUUCCUUGUACUUGUCCUGUUGCAUUGCAGACCACAAAGAAGCAAAUGCCCAUACUGAAACGAUGCCUGACAUUUUAGUUGUAGCUGAGUAGUAGCCUCAAACAUUCAUGUCUCCAAGUUCUGAAAUUGAACAUCCGCACAACCUAAACUCAACACUUCAAACUCUACAAAUUCCAAAAAAUAAGAAUACUAGGAGGAACCCUUCUGAAAAGGCUUCUUCAGACACUAAUGGGACUUUCCUAUUUAUGGAUACCUGUUGAAAACAAAAUAGCUUUCAUGUGCAAGACUGGCUGUUAUAUUGUGUGUUUACCAUAUGAACACCCAGUUUAAACUUACAAAGCAUGCCCAUUUAUAAAGAACUGCUGGUGGUUUAAAAGGAGCUGGUUGAGUAUCUUUCUAUGAUUCAUGGUACUUGGCACUGAUUUAAAAGAUACCAAAUCAAAAGAUGAUCAAUAUCUUUACCGUGAUUAACUUGUUUGUCUCUUCAACAGGAAUCACAUUGCGAACUACAGUUUGUAACAAUGUUACUCUCACUGCUGGUGUUGGCUACAUGGCUCACUGAUGUCACAGGCGCUGCUUUGAUUGAGCUUACAGGGAAAGUUGGCGGCGAAGUGACCUUCCACUGCCCCGUUGACAAACAGAAGACAUUGAAAAUGUUGUACUUCCAGAAGGGCAUUGACUUUGUGAACGGCUACUAUGCAAAAAAAGACGCAUCGAAGACGGCAUGGAGGAACACCCGGCUGGAUCUCAACAAGUCGACCGUACACAUGAGCAAUCUGAAACCCUCACAUGGUGGUGACUAUAAGUGCAUAAUCAUGUACAGUGAUGAAAGCUCAAUUGAACUUGAUGUACAACUACGCCUGACUGUCACAGCAAACUACAGCAAACCUACGCUCACGGUGCACUGCAGCGAUGCCAUUAACAACUUCAGCUGCCUUGUGCAAUGCGCCUCACAUGGUGGCUACCCACGCAAAGAGGUGACUUGGCACGUACCGCAGAGUUUGACGGUCGUGAAUAACAGUACGACGAGGGAUCCAGACACCACGACUUUCAACAUCUCCAGCACCGCCUACGUCAACUGCUCCGAUGGUCAGCAGACUUCCCUCCGCUGUUCUGUGGGCAACGUCAGCUCAGACAUUUUCACUGUGUGUAAACGCAAGCAUCCACUGGGCCACAGUCCUUCUGUGACUAUAGCAGCCAUCUGUGCAGCUGGGGUUGGCUUCUGUAUUAUGGUGGCAUUGCUGUGGAGGUGUUGUUGCUAUAAGAAAGGACAGAGAAGUAUGGACCUAUAUUAGAAGCAGCAGCUGAGUGUGAAGAAAAUGGAUGUGAGGAGGAGGUAAUACGCCUCCAUGCAAACCAAGGGGCAUGUUGAGUGCUGAAUUGGUGAAGAGGAAGGUUCCGAGUUGUUGUCUGAGCAUAUUGAACAAAUGUUACAGGUGUGACGCAGAUACUUAUAAGUGAUAAGUGUGAAAGGAGGUAUCGCUCAUCUGUAUCCUUUUACGGGUAAUGCACUGUUUCAUUCAUUUAAGAAUCGGUUUCUUAUCCUGAAAAAAACUUGAGGUUGAGGAAACUGAGGUUGACGUAGUGUGGAAAACAGCUUGUCGGGGAGACACUUGUGAGUAAUUAUAUCGAAAAUACUGUAUGUAAUAAUGGUAAAAUGUUGUGUAUUUUGUACUGUUACACUGACCUCUACUGACCUCUUUUAUAUAUUCUGCAUGCUUCACUCUAUUGACUGUGUUUUAAUAUUACCAAAUGCAGUUUAAUUUAUUUGCACUUUAAAAUUACAUUUCCUUAUUUAUCGUCAUUAGCAAAUCUUUAAACAUUGGUCUCCACCUUUGUUGAUUUGAAAAGUGACAUCAAAGAUUAGAUCCAUUUAUCUGGUUCAUGUUUUUACUCUUUUUAGUUUACUUUUGUGUUACGGUAGCUGUGUCUACCAAAAACGAUAUCAGCUUUAGCUAUUAAAAGUAAAAAAUAUUUAUAAAUGCAGAAAAGAUGGCUGUCAAAGUGCAGUUUACACGUAACUUUGUUCUCAGAAGUAUUAUUUUUCUUUGUUUACUGCUUUAACCCUUUUUUCACAGGUGACUAUUCUCAUUGAAAAUACGAAUAAUUUCUAAAUAUUUAUUGAUGAUUUUUUUUUUCUUAUGAUCAAAUUGUAGACCAUUAACACUAUUCAUGGUGCUUUUGUCUUUCAUUCCUCCUUCUCCAGAAUUAACAAACCAUCUCAUAGGGCUGCUUUCAUUUUGUAAAUCUCUAAGAAGCACUUUUGUAAUGUGGGUGUUCUGUUUUUCGUUCCCACAUGAAUAAAUGAUUUCUAAACAAUACAAUCA